AUGAAUAAUGAACGCAGAAACACGGUGUACAAGGGAAGAGGGUUCAUCCUAAAGACAGCGAACAAAGAGUACUUAGAAAGCAGCAACAAAAAAAAGACAAAGAAUACCCUCAAUGAUAGGAGAAAAAAUAUUUUUAAUAAAUACAACCCAGUGGUAUUACCCCUGUUAGGAAAUUACAAAAAUAGGAAGGGUGAGCAAUCCGGGAAGAACGACAUCAACCUGCUGAACGAGAGCGAAAUAAAUAGCUUUUUGCUGAGGAACAAAGCGUUUCGCCUUACAUGGUCAUGCAUUAUCGAUAAAAUACAAAAAGAAAUAGACAUCCAGAUUUCCAAAAAUUUGAGUAAUGUGUUUGAGGAAAUAUAUUCCUACUCAGUUUCGAACCAUGAGUAUCUGCCGCUGAUUUUGAUGACGGCGGGGACGAAUGUAGCGGACCACGAGAUAAUCAUCGAUGCGCUGUCGUACGAGUUGAAGAAAUGGAAUUACAACAAGGGGGGUAGACGGGGGGGAGGAGCAGCAGGAGGCGGAGGAAUUCACAGAGGAACCCAUAACGGGGAAAGCGUCCAUGCCGACACUAUCGGUGCUAACGGCACUACCGGCACUGUCGCCACUCCAGCCGCUUCCGCCACUCCCCACUCUGGGUUGAACCUUUUGAAGUCUCUCAAGGGAGGAGACGAAGCAUGGGGCGAAUCGGACAUGAGCAGCGGAGGGGGAAAGUCACCCCCCUCGGGGGAGGAGGAAGAACAGCAUGGGCAGCAGCAGGAGGAGAAGCAGCAGGAUGGGGCACAAAUCAAAGGCGAUCAUUCGUGGGUGAGUGCACACAAGGAGGGGGUAGAAGGACAUAGUAGGGAAAAGAAAAGGCGCCUAAAUGGAAGAUUCGACGAGGAUACUCUGAACCAAUUCGAAUCGUAUGAUGAGAAUGAUGUGUACUUGUGCUCUCUCAAUUCAAGCACGUCAAAUAAUGUGAAUGCGGCUAUUUAUAAUAUAUACAGUCAGCUGUACAGGGAGUACAAGACGAGGGCAUUUUUGGCUAGAUACAGAAGAAAGAGGGGAUCAAAUGGGGAGAAGGAUUACCCUGGUGAAGUUCGGGUGAGUCCUAGACGGAUGGGCAGUAACGAUUCGGAGGUUAGUCCUCGUAAUGGAAAGAGGAGGGAUAUUUCAUCUUGCCCAUUUAUUCCCAAUGGAGGAGGAGGAGAGGGGCACUCCUCCAAUUAUUACAAAGUGAGUAAAAACAUGGUGAGCAUAGACAAGCUGAUCGAACUAUAUCGUCAGAUGAGCGAAAUUGAUAAAAAAAGGGAAGGAGAGAAAAACAGUGAGAAGAGUAUUGCUAGGUCGAUGGAUAUGUGUGAUAUAUACAGCCAAAUGAGGGACCAAAAUGACGAUUUUUUGUUAACUCAUGCAGAGAUGGCAUUAUAUAGUAAACAAAAUGAUUACUUCGAAGAUGGGAGGAAAAAAGUUCGAGUAAUAAUUCUGAUCCAUGAUUGCGAGUAUUUCAACAUAAACGUACUGAAUGGUAUUUUAAAUGUGUUAAUAAAUUUACGGAUAGAAAACAAACUGUGUCUUAGUGUUAUCCUGGGAGUAUCGACUCCCUCCUUCUUCUUCAGCAGAAUCACAACUCCAGACACGCAGAGUAAGCUACGCAUUAAGACCAUCGAUAUUUUGAAUAAUAAGCUCAUUUGCGAGAGGGUGUGUGAUGACUUGCUCUUCGGAGAUACCUUGCCAUUUAUUCUAAAUUUUCGAACAAUGCAUGCGAUAAAGCUACUGCUGCAUAAGAAUAACCAAUCGAUUAGUCACUUGGUUCAUAUUUUGUACAUCCUGACGAAGGAGUUUUAUGACAAUAACUUGUUUUCCUUCUUGUCCCUCCCGAUUGGGUACUACUUGGGUGGUGGCCUCGGGGGGGGCGAACCCGCCACGGAGUACUCCCCGUACACCUUCGUGCGAUCGAAUCAGAAGUCAUUCAGUGAUUACGCCAAAUUUGACAUGAGGGCCCUCCACAGGAAGAUCAUAUGCCUCUGCUACUCGGCCAACAUUUACUACGCCCACUUGUCCUACCUGAAGCGGAAAUAUUCCUCUGUCCUUGUGCAAAAUUAUUUCACUCUGCAUGGGAAGGACUCCAUAGUACACACCCCGACCAAUUCUGACACGGAGAUAGAUAGCUUCACGCUGAAGAGGAAGGCCAACCGGGGUAGUGUUUCUCAGUCCAAUCAGAAGAGGAAGAGUGUGAAGGAUGAAGUUUCCAGGGGAUGCACCCAACCGGGGGGUGACGGUACUGUCGCCGCUGGGGUCGCUGCUGGGGUCGCUGCCGGGGUCUCGAACUCGGUGGCAGGAAAAGAGGCGGAGGGGGACCCCUCGAGUGGGCAUCAACCUGCAUGGGAGAAGCGAACGAAGUGGGAGAACGACAACACUUUGGAGGCAUCCGAAUUUGCCUGCGCGGAGGGGAGCGACCCGAGUGCUCCACCGAUGGAAAAAAGGAAAAAAAACAUGGACAGGAGAAGCCUGCUCGCGUGGCAAUUCAAGGCGAGCACCAUAAACUGGUGGUUUGACCACCCUUUCAAGGAUCUGGUCUACUCGUACCAAAAUGAAAAAUUGAAAAGCAGUUUGAAGAGCGAAAUAGACGCGCUGCUGGACAGUACAGAUGAGAAGAACCUGAGCAAUCUUCACGAUGUGGACAGCGUGCAGGAGAUUAACAAGUACCUCUGUGAGAUGGCCUUACCUAGAGCUGUCCUUCAGCUCAUAGAAAGGAAAUACGCCUUCAACAUAGCGAUAAAUCUGAUCGAUACGAUUAUUAAGUGUAAAACUGAAUUCAGUAAUUCAAUAAAACGGGUAGAUUAUUUUAGGAGACUCUUCCUGAACUUUGAGAAGGUAAAGUGGAAAGAUAAUAGCAGCAUCCUCUACAUAGAAGAAAUUUACAAGGUAGUCGAAAAUGAUGUAAAAAAAUGUGUGAGCUUUUUAAUCGAUAUUGUCACUCCAUAUUGCUUCAAGAAUCAGGAAGUGCUGCUAGACAUCCUCAAACACUUGAAAAGAGGGUUGAGAGACGAGACAGAGAGGAGAGUGAAUGUAGAAGACAUCUCAAACUCGAUAAACCUAUUUUUACAUGAAUACCUGAGCAUGCUUCUCCUACCUCCAUUGUAUUGUCACCCUUUGGCAUACGAAAUGGUGAUGCACAAACCGGAUAAAGAGUUUACAGAUCUCAUGACUAGGGAUAUAAAGACGGAGCUUCUCCAGACCCUAUGCUACACGAAUCCCUACAAGACGGGGAGCCUCAUCUGUUCGUGCUGCUCCUUCCCGGAGAACUUAACCAAUGCGGACAUGAGCACGAACAUAGUGGGCGACGGCAAGGUGUACCUUAACCCCUACUACGACAACGUUUCGACGCUGGAGGACUUGAUUAACGUGUACCGGAUUUACGAGCGCUGCAACAAGACGGUGGACCUGUAUAACUUGUUUGUCCUCUUCGUCAACGUCAAGGAGUACUACCUUAAGUUCAUCAUCGCCGUGAACACCUUCUGCUCAUUUUUUAAAAUCCUAAAGCCCCCCAACGUUUCUGCCCUCCUGAACUACACAGAAAAGUGCGACAACGUUUCGGAUGAUGAGGCGGACGAGAGGGGUGGGGGACACGGCGGAGACGAAUCGAUCGGUAAGUUCAUCGCCGACAUUAGAAAGUCCCUACAGGGGUGCACGAGCAAGAAGUUGCUAUUCGGGAAGCUGUACUAUAACCAGACCAUCGUGUCGCGCGAGAUGCACUUGCAGAGACUGCUGAUGCAGUACAAUGCGGACUUCCGUAACGAGUUGCAGGGCGGGAACGAGCCCUCCGGAAAGCGCGCGCGGGUUUGA